CCUUUUCAGGAUAAAAAGGGAAAAAGGUUCCGCACAUGCGAUGCACGUGAUCAUUCGCCCCAAUUCAAUCCCCCGAAUCAAGCAAAUCAAAAGCCCUAAACCAGAAAGAGCCAGAAAAAAAGGCGGGAAGUCAUCCCUCUCCCGCUCUCUUCUUCCUUUUUAGUUUUUACAUCAUCGAUAUCGGGGAAGAAGAAGUUAUAGUUUCCUACAUUUUCUACUGACCACUUCACUGAAAUCAUGAACCGCGCCGGAAAUGCCAAGAAGCGACCACCGCCGGCGAAGCCUGCGCAGCCGCCACCCGCGGCGAAGGUGCAGGCGAUAGGACCGGAGGACGAUUUCGUCGACGAGGACGUGUUCCUCGAGGAAACCCUAAUAGCAGAAGACGAAGUGAACAUCAACCGCGAGUGGGGUAAGGAGUCGCUCGCCACUCACCUUGCAAAGUGGAAGCGCCCUGCGCUCUCACCCGACUACGUUUCCCAGUCCAAAAGCAUCACGUUUCAGCAGCUGGAGCUGGAUUAUAUAGUUGGAGAGAGCCCUAAGGAAUUGGUGGGUAAUUGGUCGGGUCCUGCCCCAGUUAUUAGAAUCUUUGGGGUUACAGCAGAAGGUCACAGUGUGUGCUGCAAUAUUCAUGGAUUUGAACCCUAUUUCUACAUCAGUUGCCCUCCUGGAAUGGGCCCUGAUGACAUAUCUCGGUUUCAUCAGGUCCUUGAGGGGAGAAUGAGGGAGCUCAACCGGAAUAGUAAUGUGUCAAAACUCAUUAGGAGAAUCGAGAUGGUACAAAAGAAGAGCAUCAUGUUCUACCAACAACAGGACUCCAAUCCCUUUCUUAAGAUUGUUGUUGCUUUGCCAGCAAUGGUUGCCGGUUGUCGUGGUAUUCUUGACAAAGGAAUACAGAUAGACGGCGUGGGCAUGAAGAGCUUUAUGACAUAUGAAAGCAAUGUUGUUUUUGCUCUCCGUUUCAUGGUUGAUUGUGGGAUUGUUGGUGGAAAUUGGAUAGAAGUGCCUGCUGGAAACUAUAAGAAGACAGUCAAGAGCUUCUCCUAUUGUCAAUUGGAGGUGGAUUGCUUAUAUUCAGCAUUGGUUAGCCAUGCCCCAGAAGGAGAGUUCUCAAAAAUGGCUCCUUUCCGGAUAUUGAGUUUCGAUAUUGAGUGUGCUGGACGUAAAGGUCAUUUUCCAGAGCCUACUCAUGAUCCUGUUAUUCAGGUGGCCAACCUAGUAACCCUGCAGGGGGAGAGCCAACCAUUUGUGCGUAAUGUUAUGACACUAAAAUCAUGCUCACCUAUAGUUGGUGCGGAUGUGAUGUCUUUUGAUACCGAAAAAGAAGUGCUGCUAGCUUGGAGGGAUUUUGUCCUUGAAGUGGAUCCAGAUAUUAUUAUUGGAUAUAAUAUCUGUAAUUUUGAUUUGCCAUAUCUUAUUGAGAGAGCUCAAAGCUUGGGCAUAUCAGAAUUUCCAGUAUUGGGACGCAUUCGAAACAGCAGGGUUACAGUCAAAGAUGCGACUUUUUCAUCAAGGCAGUAUGGAACGCGAGAAAGCAAAGAAGUUGCUUUAGUAGGCAGGGUUCAGUUUGAUUUGCUUCAGGCUAUGCAAAGGGAUCAUAAACUGAGUUCUUAUUCAUUAAACAAUGUCUCAGCACACUUUCUUUCUGAGCAGAAAGAGGAUGUUCACCAUUCAAUAAUAUCUGACCUUCAAAACGGAAACUCAGAAACAAGGAGGCGGCUUGCGGUUUAUUGUUUGAAGGAUGCUUACCUCCCACAGCGCCUUUUGGACAAACUAAUGUAUAUAUACAAUUAUGUAGAAAUGGCUCGUGUUACUGGUGUUCCUAUAUCUUUUCUUCUUUCAAGGGGACAGAGUAUUAAGGUACUUUCUCAACUUCUGAGGAAGUCUAAGGAAAAGGGUCUUGUUCUUCCAAAUGUUAAACAGGCAGGAUCAGAUCCAGGAUCAACAUAUGAAGGUGCAACUGUUUUGGAUGCUAAAGUGGGAUUCUAUGAGAAGCCAAUUGCAACAUUGGAUUUUGCUUCUUUAUAUCCAUCGAUAAUGAUGGCAUAUAACUUGUGCUACUGCACUCUGGUGACUCCUGAAGAUAUUAAGAAGCUCAAUCUGCCUCCAGAAUGUGUCAAUAAAACUCCAUCGGGUGAAACAUUUGUCAAACCGAGCUUGCAAAAGGGAAUUCUUCCUGAAAUUCUUGAAGAACUAAUUGCUGCACGUAAAAGAGCAAAAGCAGAUUUAAAGGAGGCUAAGGAUCCAUUUGAGAAGGCUGUUUUAGAUGGCCGCCAACUAGCCCUCAAGAUUAGUGCGAAUUCUGUGUAUGGCUUUACAGGAGCAACAAUUGGCCAAUUGCCAUGCCUAGAGAUAUCCUCAAGUGUCACGAGCUAUGGUCGCCAAAUGAUUGAGCACACCAGAAGACUUGUGGAGGAUAAAUUUACCAUGAUGGGAGGCUAUGAGCACAAUGCUGAGGUUAUAUAUGGGGACACAGAUUCUGUUAUGGUACAAUUUGGGGUGGCUACUGUAGAAGAAGCAAUGAAAUUAGGAAGAGAGGCUGCUGAGCAUAUUAGUGGAACUUUCACCAAACCGAUCAAGCUAGAGUUUGAGAAGGUUUACUUUCCAUAUCUACUGAUAAACAAGAAGAGAUAUGCUGGCUUGUACUGGACGACUCCAGCCAAAUAUGAUAAAAUGGAUGCUAAAGGAAUUGAGACAGUCCGAAGAGACAACUGCCUUUUGGUUAAAAACCUGAUAACUGAAUGUCUGCAUAAGAUACUAAUGGACAGAGAUGUACCUGGCGCAGUUCAAUAUGUAAAGAAUACUAUUUCAGAUCUUCUCAUGAAUCGUCUGGACCUGUCACUCCUUGUUAUUACUAAGGGUUUGACCAAGACUGGAGAUGACUAUGAAGUGAAGUCUGCUCAUGUUGAGCUUGCUGAACGAAUGCGCAAGAGAGAUGCUGCCACUGCCCCCAACGUUGGGGACCGAGUUGCUUAUGUCAUAAUAGAAGCUGCAAAAGGAGCAAAGGCCUAUGAGAAGUCUGAGGAUCCCAUAUAUGUGCUAGAGAAUAACAUUCCAAUUGACAGUAAAUAUUACCUCACAAAUCAGCUACAGAAGCCACUUCUACGUAUCUUUGAGCCGAUUUUGAAGAACGCCAAAGAUGAACUACUCAGCGGGGAUCACACCCGAAAUAUAUCGAAACCCAUUCCAUCAAGUGGGGGCAUUAUGAGAUUUGCAAAGAAACAACUCACCUGCCUUGGCUGCAAAGCAGUAAUAAAGGAUUCGGAGCGAACUCUUUGCACUCAUUGCCAAGGAAGAGAAGCCGAGCUGUACUGCAAGAGUGUUUCUCAAGUGGCUGAUCUAGAAUCCCUUUUUGGGAGGCUGUGGACACAGUGCCAGGAAUGUCAAGGCUCUCUUCAUCAAGAUGUGCUAUGCUCUAGUCGAGAUUGCCCUAUAUUCUACCGGCGGAAGAAAGCACAGAAAGACAUGGGUGAAGCAAGGCGGCAGCUGGAUCGCUGGAACUUCUGAGUAUUGAGAGUAGACUGUUUGUAUGAGAGUUUUUGCUGCAGGUUGUUAAGUAGGUUCUGGAUUCUUUCUACCCUUGUACCAUAGUUAGUAAAUACUCCGCUUAAUACGCGUAUUGCAUGCCCUUUUCUGUGUACCUAAAGAUGCAUAGAUAGCAGACGCUUCAGAUCAAUGAGAAGUAUCUUUCUGGAGAACUAUUCAUUUAUUCUGUUCUUUCUCCUGGGAAAUGAAAUGGGUUUUGCACU